AUGGUCUCUCCCAAGCUUUCUCGUUUCCUCUCGGACUUCACACUCGGCUUCUCAGAUGGCCUCACAGUACCGUUCGCCCUGACCGCAGGCCUCAGCUCUCUCGGCCGCAGCGAGACGGUCAUCUACGCCGGUCUUGCGGAGCUAUGCGCGGGAUGCAUCAGCAUGGGAAUUGGUGGCUAUCUGGCCGCGCGAGACUCUUCACCUGAUACCUCCCGGAUAUCACCGCUGCCGCCUGUGGAUGAGGAGGAACAGGGGAUGUUGUCGUCGGCAGGAAGACGCAGCGAGGACGAAAUCGACGAUGAGAAAUGCCAAACAAGCGGGGCGGCAGACGAAGAGGAAGUAGUGCUGCGGUACCUUCAACCACUGGGCUUACCCGAGACAACCGUCACGAUGGUGAUCGGGGCCGUGAGGUCUCAGUCGGGAGGGAUGAGCUGGGCUUCGGAAAGAAUCAUCAACGGCAUGCAAGCUAGUCGACACGGCGCUUUUGUUGAAAUUGACACCGCCUGUCGAUUGCUCUCGGAUAUCUUUGUGGCGGGAUGA